ACAUGAUCUAACUUCCGAGGUCAAAGUUCGUGUUGACAUCCGCAGACUCACCGCUGUCUAAUGGCUGAAUUAGACAUUGGGAGGCAUUGUGAGGUCGACCCCUGCAGCCAGAAAGAUUUCCUUCCAUUUGUUUGCGAUGGCUGCAGUGGUGUUUUCUGUCUUGAGCACAGAAGCAGAGAGGCCCAUUCGUGUUCAGUGGAGCCGGUGAAAAGGGAAACUCGCACCGAGGGCGGCAGCACGAGUUAUCCGUGCUCGUUUCAAGACUGCAAGGGAAAAGAAUUGCUGCCAGUAAUAUGUCCGCAGUGUGAAAAACAUUUCUGUUUGGCCCAUCGUCAUCAAGAUGAUCACAAGUGUGAGAAGUUGGAGGUCCAAAAGCCUCGAAUGGCUGCCACAAAAGAGCUCGUGCAAAAGAUUGUUGAGUCAAAGGACGGAUCCAAAAGUAAAGGACGCAGAGGAGCAAAGAACAGUGCCACUGCAGCUAAGGUAGCAUUAAUGAAACUGAAGCUGCACGCUGCAGGAGACAAGGGACUACCACAGACAGAAAGAACUUAUUUUCAGGUGUAUCUUCCUAAAGAAUCCAAAGACUCCAGUCUACCCAUGUUUUUCUGUUCCAAAUGGAGCGUGGGCAAAGUGGUGGAUUAUGCAGCAUCUCUCGCCAGCCUCAAGAACAACAAUAACAUACUGACAGCUAAGAAGCUGCGGUUAUGUCACCCUCAGACAGGUGAGUCUUUCCGGAUGGACGACACGCUGCUCUCGCUGCUGGCUCAUCCAGAGUCUCCCCUGUACAACGGGGGUAACGUGAUCCUGGAGUACCUGGACAAUGAGUGCACAGGCCUGGAGGAUGUUUCCGACUAUAUCAAACAGACCUGACAAACCAACAGCAGCCACUGUAUUAAUGGUAUCUGUAUGCUAUUUGUAUUUCUGUCAAUAAAAUGUUCUGUUGAAAUAUUUAA